AUGUCCAAACAAUUAUCUCUAGAAACAGAACUUGUCCAUGUCUCCCACAAGGAUGGCAACAACGCAUCUGUUGCUCCUGUGUACCUGUCGGCCACUUUCAAGCCAAACUCGUUCGACGAUAUGGGCGAAUUUGACUAUACCCGGUCUGGAAAUCCAACUAGAGCCACUCUGCAGCAGCACCUUUCCAAAGUCAUGAAAGCCAAGUUCGUGUACGCUGUCAACUCCGGUAUGGCUGCCUUGGACGUCAUUGUCCGCUCGCUGGCUCCAGGCGAUGAAGUUGUUGCCGGAGAUGACUUGUACGGAGGAACUGAUAGACUUUUGACCUAUAUCAAGACGGUCAACGGUGUCAAGGUUGGUCACUACGACACCACCAACUUGGAGCUGAUCACCUCCAAGAUCACUAAGACCACCAAAAUGGUGUUCUUGGAGUCGCCAACCAACCCACUCAUCAAGAUCUGUGACUUGAAAGCUAUCGCCGACUACGCUCACAAGCAAAACCCAGAGUGUGUGGUUGUCUUUGACAACACCAUGAUGACUCCAUUGCUGAUGUCUCCUCUAGAACUUGGUGCCGAUAUCCAAUACGAGUCUGCUACCAAAUACAUGAACGGCCACCACGACGUCAUGGCUGGUGUUCUUGCUACCAACAGUGAGGUGUUGGCCAAGAAAUUAUUCUUUGUUAUUAAUGCUACCGGAUCAGGUCUCGCUCCGUUCGACUCUUGGCUGAUGAUUAGAGGUCUCAAGACCAUGGCCCUAAGAGUUGAGAGACAGCAAGAGAACGCCAUCAAGAUCGCUAAUUGGUUAGAGUCCCAAAAUGUCAAAGUUAGAUAUCCAGGCCUCAAGUCUCACCCCCACUACGAGUUGCACAACAAACAAUCUAGGGGUCCUGGUGCCGUGUUGUCCUUCGAGACUGGAGACGUGUCCCUCAGUAAGAAAAUCAUCGAGGCCUGCGAGCUUUAUUCGGUCACCGUUUCCUUUGGAUAUGUGUGCUCCUUGAUUUCUUUACCAUGCUUGAUGAGUCACGCAUCGAUCUCUGCCGAAACUAGAAAAGAACGCGACUUCCCAGAAGACCUCAUCCGUUUAUGUGUUGGAAUUGAGAACGUCGACGACCUGAUCGACGACCUUGACAGCGCUUUCAAGAAGUCUGGAUUUAAAUAG